CCGUGCGGGGGGCGGGUCCGAGCGCACCCGCCUGGGAGGCACCGCGCGGCGGGGCGGAGGGUCGAGUGGUGUGUCGCGAGUCCAGCGAGGGGGAAAAUGAACGGGACGCGGAAUUGGUGUACCCUGGUGGACGUGCACCCGGAGGACCGCGCUGCGGGCAGCGUGGACAUUUUCAGGCUGACUCUCCAGAGUGAACUGACAGGAGAUGAACUUGAACACAUAGCCCAGAAGGCGGGCAAGAAGACCUAUGCCAUGGUCUCCAGCCGCUCAACCAGUCAUUCUCUGGCCUCAGAACUGGUGGAGUCCAGUGAUGGACAUGAGGAGAUCAUUAAGGUGUACUUGAAGGGGAGGUCUGGAGAGACGAUGACCCACGAGAAGAAUAUCAGCCAGCUGAAGAGUGAGGUUCAGUACAUCCAGGAGGCCAGGAACUGCCUGCAGAAACUCCGAGAGGAUAUAAGCAACAAGCUUGACAGGGAUCCAGGAGAGUCUCUCCGUCAACAGGAGAUACAGGUGAUUCUAGAAAAGCCAAAUGGGUUUCAUCAGAGUCCCACAACCGUGUACAGCAGCCCAGCUGAGGUGGACACCUGUACAAAUGAUGUCGAGAACUGGAGGAAGGCCAUGCAGGACUUGCUUGCCAAGCUGCAGGAAACUGAGCGUCAACACCAGUCAGACCGUGUGGCUUUUGAGGUCACACUCAGCCAGUACCAGAGAGAAGCAGCACAGAGCCAUGCCGCACUUCAGAGAGAGGAGGGCAGAGUGGAGCAGAAAGAGGCAGAAGUUGGGGAGCUGCAGAGGCGCCUGUCAGGCAUGGAGACGGAGCGUCAGGUCUUACUGGCAAAAGUCCGGGAAGGGGAGGUGGCCCUAGAGGAACUUCAGAGCAAGACUGCUGACUGCCAAGCAGAACGAGAAAAGGCUGCUACCCUGGAAAAGGAAGUGACUGGGUUGCGAGAGAAGAUCCACCACCUGGACGACAUGCUUAAGAGUCAGCAGCGGAAAGUACGACAGAUGAUAGAGCAGCUCCAGAAUUCAAAAGCUGUAAUCCAGUCAAAGGACUCCACCAUCCAAGAGCUCAAGGAGAAGGUCGCCUACCUGGAGGCAGAGAAUUUAGAGAUGCAUGAUCGGAUGGAGCACCUGAUAGAAAAACAAAUCAGUCACAGCAACUUGAUAGAGAAACAAGUCAGCCAUGGCAACUUCAGCACCCAGGCUCGGGCCAAGACAGAGAGCCCAGGCAGUGUCAGGAUAUCCAAGCCACCUCCCAGCCCGAAGCCCAUGCCUCUCAUCCGAGUGGUGGAAACAUGAGCCACCAGGAAAUGGGCGCUGUCUCCUGCCUGCCAGAAGCCCACCACCCCGUUGGCUGUUGGCACUGACUUUGACUUCCCGGCGGGUCCCCGGCUGCUCCCAGGGCUUGGGCUUGUGUGUCCCACAUUCCCAAGCUCCUGACCUCAGUACGGGCAGACAGAGCAUGAGCGCCUCCUCUGGACGCUGCAGCCCUUGGGAAGAUGUUACCCUGCCAGCAGGCGGUAUCUUUAGUCCUGUAGUUACUGUUUUUCUCUGCAGUCUCCCUUCUAUUGUAGACUGAAGUCCAGCUGCCCAAGAAGCCACGCCUUCAUCUGGUCAGGAGAGGUGACAAGAUUUGCUUCAGCCCUCAAUUGAUGGUAGAGGCAUGUAUGUCCAGAGUGAUUGGAGAAUGUCCUGGGGAAUGAAGUUCUUCUGCAAACACAGCUUGGUUCUUAGCAACAAACUGUUUUUCUACUUGUUCCACCCCCAGCCCAUGCUGGGCCUCCUGCAAACAGUGGGACUAACUGGGCAAGGCCUGGUCAGAGUCAGUGAACUUGAACUUUGACUACAUGGUCUUGUCUUCUUGGGGAAGAAAAAAUGUAACUUCAGGGAGUAGUUUUUUUGCAGAAAGACUCUCUAAGGCCACGGACAGUUCCUUGUGAUUUCCCUCUGCUGUGAAAACUCCCAGACUGUCCUAGAGUUUUCCCCUAAGGUGUGCCAUGAGGUAUGCCUUGGUCUUCUUGACCCAGAGCCUAGAAACUGUCUUCACUGGGUUAUAUCAGUCCCAGCAAAGUCUUCAUUGUAUUUAUUUUGCUAAGUUAUUGGUAUUUUUGCUUAUAUCUCAUAAUUGACUUAAUACCAAAGUUCUAUAGUCUUCUCUUGCAGUGUUUAGAUUUGCUUGAAAUUGGACAGGAGUUCCCAUUGGACUUUUUAAUCUCCAAAUGACAUUGUUAUUUUUCUCCCCUCCCUCCCUCCUUCCAUUCUUUUCUUUCUUCCUCCUUCCCUUCCUUUCUCCCUCCCUUCCUUCCUUUUUAAAAUAAUGUCUUGUUCUGUUGCCCAUGCUAGAGUGUAGUGGUGUCAUCAUAGUUCACUGCAACUUCAAACCCUUGGGUUGAAGUGAUUCCUCCUGCCACUGCUCCUACCUGAUUUUCUUUUUUCUAUUUUUUUUGGAGACAGAGCCUCACUUUGCUGCCCUUAGUAGAGUACUGUGGUGUCACAGCAACCUCCAACUCUUGGGCUUAAGCGAUUCUCUUGCCUCAGCCUCCCAAGUAGCUGGGACUGCAGGCGCCCGGCUGUUUUUUUCUUGUUGUUUGUUUUUUGUUGUUUAGCAGGCCUGGGCCAACUUCGAACCCAUCAGCCCUGGUGCAUGUGGCCGGUUCCCUAACCACUGAGCGACAGGUGCUGAACUCACUCUUCUUUAUUUUUGUAAAGAUUAGGUCUCUCUGUGUUGCCCAGAAUGGUCUCAGAUUCCUGGACUCAAGCAAUCUUUCCACCUAGGACUCCAAAAGUGCUAGAUUACAGGUGUGAGCCACCACACCCAUCCCAGAAUGACAUUAUUAUAACUCUUACUCUCCCUUUCUUCUACCUGGUUCUCUGACCCCCCCAUCCCCCACUGAAUCUGCACAUCAGGAAGGCAAGUAUACUUUCCCUAAGGCAUUGGGGUCUGAAUGUGUGUGGUUUGGGGGAAAGGGAUGAUCAAGACUCUUCUGGGGCUAGAACCAGUUCUUUCCCUGACCCUUCUGCCCUUCUGAACCCCUGUACUCCAUAAUUGGUCUUUUAUACUGGCUCUGAACGGACUUGCAGCUCAUCAUGGUUUUCUUUAGUGCUUUUCUUACAGCCUCAAGAAGUAGAUAAGUAUCAGAGUAUGGUGCUAUAGAAAACAGAAAGAUUAAAACUAAGUAUAGAUUAGGUCCUAGGCUCUGGCUCGCAGCCAAAAGCCUUCAGUGUGUGUGUUUCUGUGUAUCAGGGCUGGGCUUACGUUCUGGGUUUGUCCCUAAUGGUGUUUUGGGACUGAGGCAGUUUUACAAAUGAGGGGUCAGACUCCAUGUCCUUUCUAGUUCUGACAUUUUUUUCCUGUAGCAUAUUCAUUCUUUUUAUGGUGAAUUUAAUAAAUUAUGUUAAUGUGUCUCUUUGACCUCCCUGGCCUGGUUUCCUUUCACUUUUGGGGUGGUGGGAAUGAAAGAACAUAAUAUUAGUGCCUCUAUUUUUUUUUUAGACAGAGCCUCAAGCUGUCCCCCUGGAUAGAGUGCCGUGGCAUUGUGGCAUCACAGCUCACAGCAACCUCCAACUCCUGGGCUCAAGCCAUUCUCCUGCCUCCGCCUCCUAGGUAGCUGGGACUACAGGCGCCUGCUACAAUGCCAGGCUAUGUUUUGGUUGCAGCCAUCAUUGUUGUUUCAUGACCCGGGCUG